AUGGAGGAGGCUCACUCAGGAAUUUGUGGAGCACAUCAACCAGGGCCAAAGCUACAUUUCCAAAUAAAGAGGAUGGGCUACUAUUGGCCGACUGUGGUCAAGGACUACAUGGAUUAUGUGAAGAAAUGCCAAGCAUCCACAGACUACUUCUCAAAAUGGGCGGAAGCUAUGCCUCUAAAGGAAGUGAAGAAAGAAAAUGUAGUGAGCUUUAUCAAGGUAAACAUCAUUAAUCGGUAUGGUGUGCCACGCUACAUCAUCAUAGAUAAUGGCAAGCCAUUCUCGAAUCGGUUAAUGGAUAAAUUGCGUGAAGACUUUGGUUUCAAACAACGCAACUCUUCAAUGUACAAUGCACCAGCCAACGGUCUUGCAGAAGCGUUCAACAAAACUCUUUGCAGCCUGUUGAAGAAAGUUGUUGGAAGAACCAAGAAAGAUUGGCAUGAAAGGAUAAAUGAAGCGUUGUGGGCUUAUAGGAUGACAUACCAGAUGCCUACUCAGGCUACACUAUACUCACUCGUGUAUGGCGUGGAAGCAGUCUUGCCUCUAGAAAGUCAACUUCCAUUAUUGAGGAUGGCCAUACAAGAGGGAUUGACUGAUGAAGAAAAUGCGAAGCUACGUCUCCAAGAGUUAGAAACACUAGACGAAAAGAGACUUGAAGCGCAACAACGCUUAGAGUGUUAUCAAGCCCGGCUUUUGAAUGCUUUUAACAAGAAAGUACACCCCAGAUCUUUUCAGGUGGGAGAUCUCGUCCUCGCAUUACGUAGACCUAUCAUCACAACACACAAAAUCAGAAGCAAGUUUACUUCGAAAUAG